AUGUCGAGGAAGAGAGCCGAGGAUAUGAAAUGGUUCAAGGAAAAACGUCUAGAUGACGGUGUAUUGAGGCAUCCUGCAGUUAGUGAUGAGUGGAAGGAAUUUGAUACACAACAUCCUGAAUUUGCCUUGGAGCCUCGGAAUGUGAGGCUAGGGUUGGCUACUGAUGGUUUCAACCCUUUCGGAAAUAUGAAUAACUCAUAUAGUUUGUGGCCUGUCGUACUCAUUCCGUACAACUUGCCACCGUGGUUGGCUAUGAAGGACCCAUUUUUCAUGUUGUCAUUACUUAUUCCUGGUGAAUCACAACCAGGAAUUGAUAUUGAUGUCUACAUGAGACCUUUAGUGGAAGAAUUGAAUGAAUUAUGGAAAAAUGGUACAUUAACCUAUGAUGCCUCGACUGGUGAGACUUUCUGCAUGCGUGCAGCUUUGCUGUGGACGAUACAUGAUUGGCCCGUAUUUGGUGACAUUUCUGGAUGGAGAACAAAGGGUCAUUACUCUUGUUACACUUGCAAUGAUGAACCAUAUUUUGAAUCUUUAAGAAGUAAGACUGCGUACAGUAACCAUCGAUGCUACUUGCCUGAUGACCACCCAGAAAGGCGAAAGAGUAGAGCAUAUAAUGGCAAGCAUGAAAAACGGAAGAGAUAUUUGGUGAUACCGAUAGAAAAGAUUGAAGAACAAUUGGGCAGCGUGACGGGUGUCACAUAUGGAAAACAUCCAAGCAACAGGAAAAGACCUCGUCAGAACCCAAAUUGGACAAAGGUAAGCAUCUUGUAUGAGCUACUGUAUUGGAAGAAAAGGAGGCUUCGACACAACAUUGAUGUCAUGCAUGUGGAGAAGAACUUUAGUGAAAAUGUUUUUGGAACGAUGUUGGGAAUUGAUGGAAAGAACAAGGAUACAGAUAAGGUGCGAAUGGAUUUAGAAGACAUGAAUAUAAGGAAAGAAUUGUGGCUGACAACAAAUCCCGAUGGAUCAUAUGUGAAGCCGCGAGCCAGCUUCUCAUUGACCCCUAAAGAGAGAGAGGGUUUCUUUGAAUUCUUGAAAUCAGUCAAGUAUCCAGAUGGGUACGCGGCAAACAUUUCGAGAUCAGUAAAUGCAAAAAAUGGUAGAUUAACAGGAUUGAAAAGCCACGACUACCAUGUACUUAUACAACGGAUUCUUCCUAUUGGGAUGCGUGGUUACAUAGAUAAAGAGAUCAGUACAGCACUUUUUGAGUUAGGUAGCUUCUUCCAAGAUCUAUGCUCAAGGACACUGAAACGAAGUGAAAUGGAGAAAUUAGAGGAACGUAUAGUACUCAUACUAUGUAAGUUUGAAAAGAUCUUUCCUCCAGCCUUCUUCGAUGUGAUGGUUCAUUUGGCCAUUCACUUGCCACGUGAGACUAUUCUCGGAGGACCUGUGCAAUAUCGGUGGAUGUACCCGAUUGAAAGGUUUCUCGGAUCUUUGAAAAAGUUUGUCACCAAUCGAGCUCGACCAGAAGGUUCUAUUGCAGAGGCUUACAUUGUCAAGGAGUGCAUUACUUUUUGCUCAAUAUAUCUUGAAGGGAUUGAAACCAUGCAUAAUCGAGAUGCACGAAAUGAAGAUUAUGGAGUCCGUCGUGAAGGUUUGAUAAUAUUCACCGAAACUGCUCGUCCUAUUGGCCAAAUCAGAAAGCAUGUUGAGAUGUCACAGGAACUUCGUGAUAUUGCUCAUUGGUUCUUGUUAUACAAUAGCCCUGAGAUAGAGAAGUAUCUUCAGUACGGAACACAAGAAUUUGUUACAAAUUCCCAGUGGACAAGAUAUAACUCAGAUAUAACAGAAGGAAUUUCCAAAGUGAUAAAUAAAUUGAGACUUGAUGAGGCACCAGAAGCAACCGAAGAAUUGUGGUCCUUAGCGAAUGGUCCUAAUUUGCUAGUGAAAGAGUACUCGGGUUGUAUAAUCAGUGGUGUCAGAUUCCACACGAAGGAAUUAGACAAUCGUCGUAAGAGUCAAAACAAUGGUGUGCUUACCGAAGGGGACUACAAGGGAGAGAUGCACGAAUUCUACGGCCACUUGUGCAAUAUAUGGGAAAUUGAGUACAUGUGCCAAAAUAAAGUUGUUUUGUUUCAAUGUGAAUGGUACAACACCGGUAACACUGGUAGAAGUAGAACAGUACGAGCUGACACAUAUUGCACAAGCAUCGAUGUCAAAAGCCGAUGGUAUCAAUCUGACCCUUUUAUCUUGCCUAGUCAAGCUAAGCUAGUGUUCUACCUGAAUGACACCAAAUGGGGGCAACCUUGGCAAGUCGUGCAACGGGUCCAACAUAGAGGUGUGUUUGAUGUGCCAGAGGUUGGUGAUGGAGAACCACCAGAUCAACCAGAAUUUAAUGAUGCAUUCCAACAAGAAAACAUUAACUCAGUUGUCCCGAUCAACAUUGAAGAUAUUAUUCGAUUUCAUAGGGAUGAUAUUGAAGCUGAGGUUUCUAUAUGGACAUAUGUUUUUAUUGAAGAAAAAGUAUAA